UGACAUAAGCGACAUUGAAAUAUAACUCCUGGAUGUAAGCGACAAUUUUUGCCGGUAGCAUUUUGCUGACAUUCAAACAAUCACAGAAGGGCAGAAGGACAUCAUGGCUAUAUUAGGAGUUCAACUGGUCCUUAGUCUGAUCAUGUUCAGCUUUCUACAGAAGCUUGGUCCGUAUUACUCAUUUGGACGAUGGCUAUUGUGCAAUAGACUUGUCAGAUAUCUGCAUCCAACAGAUGAAGAUCUGAAAAAAGCUGCUGGGAUAUCAAAUGUUCCGAAUGGUAAAGGAAAAAAUAAAAAACAUGAAAAGAAAGGAGGAGGGAAGAACAAUACGCAGUCAGAUACUUUCACGAUUCCUCGAUCAACAGAAAUUUUUCUUGACACAGCAAAGGUUGAGGCAAUUGAUUUAGUAUCGUUACAUUUUUAUUCAGACUUUCAGUGGUUGAUGGAAUUUGGAUUGUGUUCUCUAGUCGUAUACAUAAUAACAGAAUUUUACUAUGCCUUUUGGCCCAAGAAUGAAUUGAACAUCAGCAUGUUAUGGUGUCUUCUUGUUGUCAUUUUCUGUUUCAGGAUAUUGAUAUCUCAAGCUGCAGUCUACUUCAAAUCAGAAGAAGGAGGGGAGAGAAUCCUUUGUGUAACAUUUGGAUUUUUCUUCCUGGUUUUAGCCAUGGGAAUUCUAGUCAUAGAUGAAAAAAUAUUAGAAUUUGGACUUGAACCAGGGUACCAGAAUUUCUCUGAAGGUGCUGAAUCUUUUCUUAAACAGCAAGGAAUUGAUUCACAAGGACCAAUCACAUUAAUGACCUUCAAAAUAAUUCUUGCAAUCAUAUGUUCUAUAACUGGUGCCCUGUUGACAUUUCCUGGACUGAGAUAUGCCAAAGUUCAUUUAGAUACAUUAAACUAUGUUAAGGAUAGUCCAUUUAAGCAGGCACUAUUACACCUUAAUUUUAUCAUGCCGUUAGUUAUAAUCUUAUUAUGGGUAAAACCAGUAGGUCGAGAUAUUAUAUGUGCCAAAAACUGGCAGGUUAAUUUUAAACUUUUACAUGAGGAUGCGUUUGAAGUAGUCCGACUUUCUUUAAUUGUGCUGUUGUUUGUACUUCGACUUGUUUUGAUGCCGCCACACAUGCAGGCACAUUUGAAUUUAGCUUACGAACAUGUGCAAAGGAUGAAAAAAGAAACUGGUAGAAUCAGCAAUUUGGAUCUUCAAAGGAUGAUUGCUCGUGUGUUUUACUAUUUGUGUGUAGUAGCUAUACAGUAUAUUUUACCGUGUCUACUUUUACUAUUCAUGGUAUUCCUUCAAAAAACAUUAGGUAAUUAUAGUUGGUCAGAUUUAGCGGGAGAAAAUGCCCAUAAUUAUUUUGAGGGUAAAAGUAUGAGUGCACAAGCCAUGUACACAGAACGAGGAAAAAGCACUGGGGAUGCCGUCUCGGACACAACAGCACAGUUCACAUGGGCAAUUUCUAAUUUACGACAGGUUUUUUCACCGACAUGGUACCGUGGUUUGUUUGGAUUUCUUACAUGGUGGAUGACAACGGCUUGGUUUACUAGUACAACAUUUGGACUUUAUUAUUAUUCUAGAGUUGCUACACAAUGAUUGUGUUAUACAAAAUACAUGUAGGUUAUAAAUAUAUAAGGUUUUUGAAUCAAAAUACUUUCAAAAAUUGUUUUACUGGUUGGAACCCUUUAUCAUUGCAUGUAUCAUGUGUAUGGCAGAGGCCUCCAAAAUAACAAAUAACAUGAUAUAUGAAUAAAGGAAAGUCUUUUGUUAAAUGAGUAACUAAGUGAGGUUUUUAUGCAUGAUAUAAAUGAUGUACAUGUAUACAGAGGGUCUCAUUGGGGGGUUCUGAUCCUGUAUCCCACUUACUGUUUUGUCAGAUUCCCGUAUCCUGUUUACACAAUGUAUGUAAGCAAUUCUCAAUUUUUGUAAUUUCCCAUGUCCUGCUAGAUUUCAUUUCCUGUUUUCACAGCACAAUAACUUGACUUUCACAUGUCACCUUUAUAAAAAAAUCAGCAAUCCUGUUUCACGCUUAGGCCCAAAAGAGACCCACUAUACAAUGUUG